CAACCUGGUGGUGAAGGCGGACGUGAUCGACUUCGAAUCGGAAGAUGAAUACGAGGUCACAUUGCAGACAGUGGACAACGGAAAUCCACCGAUGGUGUUUGAAGACACGUUUGUAAUUGACGUCGUUGACUGUCCUGAGCCUCCAACUGACAUCGUCUGGGCAGCAGGUGGUACUCUGCCUGAACAAACGUCAGACACGACGCCCGGUAACACCAUCAUAGGCUAUAAUAUCGGUGAAGUCAACGUCAUCGACCAAGACAAUAACCAGAACCCACAGUGUAAACUACUGGACGACGCUAACUGUCUGUUUAACGUUUCUGCGGACAACACGCUCGUGAUCAUCGCCGGCCCUCGUGCCACAACCAUCGACUACGAGAGUCUGAGCGACCACAAAGUCUGUUUCAAGAUCCGUUGUACUGACUCGACCGGUCUCUAUCUGGACAAACAAUUAUGUGUAGACAUCACUGAUGUCAACGAGCCACCGACUAACAUCACUCUCAACGGCAACCGCAUCCAGGAAAAUCGUGCCGAUGUCAAGAUCGGAGACAUUAGCGUCACCGGCGAUCCCGAUAUCGGACAAGACCACAACUGCACUGUCAUUCCCGACCUUCCGGAUGAAGCAGGACACCAGGAAGACGCCUUCAAAGAUGUUUAUAUCAAACAGGUUCCUCAAGGGGGGAGCUUCCGAAACGUUCUGACGACUAAACGUGGACUCGAUUAUGAGGCCAUCAGUACACACUUGUUGGACGUCAAUCUUCGAUGCUGCGACAUACCAACCGACGGUCAGAUGUCACUUUGCGUCGAGAUGUAUGACUUCAUUGUCUGGAUUGAGGACGACAAUGAAGUUCCGGGGUCGCUGUGUGAGAAUCUCGUGUGGCACGUGUUCGAGCAUCAGCCGAACGGAACAAACAUUACGGACAUGUUGCGAUCGAUCGAUCCAGACAAUGAAAUCCCACUGGAAGAUAUCCAGAAUUUCACCCAAUCCGGACGGCCACCACCCGAAAAGCAGCACUUGACCUACAAACUGGUGAACGAACGAUCCGUUCCAUUCGUCUACAAUGAACAGCUGCAGCAGAUUAUGGUGUUUGGGUAUCUUGACCAUGAAACUCAUCCAAAUUACUCUCUUGUCAUCAACGUGAUGGACGAUGGCAAGCUAGAGGAUCCCACUCAAAGGCAGUCGGACGGCAUACCCACGAUCAUCGACGGAGUGAGACUGAACGCAACAUAUACAUGCACUGUGAUGGUUGACGAAGGAACCUGUGUCCACAGGAAAUACGACAUAAUGCUCUCUCCUGUGAGGAAGUGCAAGAGUAGCCCCGAUCUCGGCGCUGUGAAUGAGAACGCUGCACCAGGUACAGUAGUCGGCACGCUAACCACGAACGAUUGCGGUAACAACGAUGUCCAUACGUACAGAGUUGAGAAUACUAACGAGGCCGAUAUUCCAUUCCAAUUGAGUGGCUCUAACAAGGACAGACUCGAGGUAAAGGGCGGCGUACCACUAGACCACGAACUGAAGAAUCAAGUAUCCAUGAUAAUCAGCAAUGUAAAUGAAAAACCGACUGACGUCUGUUUGGUCGACAUCCAGACGCUCGAGGCUCUGCCAUCAUUCUCAGUAGACGAAAAUGAAGACAACGCCGUUGUUGGACAGAUCAUCGUUCAAGAUCCAGACAGACCGAGUCGUCAUUGUCCGGGACCAAAUAACUCGCCACCGGCCGCUAUCGACCCCUCGCUGUCGUUCGCGUACUACUGCAACGUCGUCUCACAAUCUCUCAGCACCUUGUGGGAAGAAGAUGCAUUCUGGAUUGACAGCAAUUUAGUUUUGAAGACAAAACGAGGUCUCAACUACGAGAAUCCGUCUCGUCGUCGAGCAACCAUUCCUGUCCAUUGCAUUGAUGCAUCACACCCACUAAAGAGUCCGAUCGCCAAAGACUUCACUGUGACGGUAGCAGACGUGAAUGAGGCUCCGAAAGACUUUGUCGUUGACAAAAACUUCACUGAAUAUCACGCAGUCAACGGCAGUUGGUGGUUCAGAUUAAAAGAGAACACACAAAGUGUGAUUGCCAACAUCCGUUACACAGACGAGGAUGCCGGACAAGACCACACAUACUCGACCUCUUUGCAAUUCGACGCGCAAUUCUUUACGCUCACCCACAAAGGUCUCGGCUUGUUUGAACUCGCGACGAGUGGUCUCAGCGCCGAAGUGCACGACAACAAAUGCUUCGAUGUUAUCGUGACGGAUAAUGGCCAACCACCCAAGUCUGGCUUCAAGACCAUCUGCUUCGACGUUCUAGACAUACCCGAACCUGCAACCGCUCUGCGACUCGUUUGUGCUGAUGGUAACAUUUAUGGUCGUCCGGACGGUUCUACUGUCGACGAAAAAGCCUUCACCAGCUUUAACUUCAAACCGACGGCGACGUUCGGCACUGCCUAUCUCCGCACCGACUGUCACCAGAUUCGCCAGGUUGACUUCAAGACUGGACAGAAAGUCGGAACUGUGGUUGCACUUGACGACGACAGCAAUGGCCAAUUUGUGUUUACUCUGACAACUUAUGUUGACGUGUUUAGCAUCAGCCCUGUCAACAAUGAUGGUAAUCCGACGUCAGGAGGGGCUCCGGGGUUUAGUCUGACCGUCAAGUCGUCGACGGCGGUGUCUGCACCCAAACCGGCUCAAACGUAUGUGCUGAGGGUUGAUGCUAAGGGAGCAGACGGGCUCGAUACGACUCUUGAGCUUACAAUUAGGACGUACAACGAGUGUGACAGUUGGGUUGUGAAUUCGGGAUGCGGUAAAAUGGCUCGCUGUGUGCCCACGUUGAACUCUUACUCAUGCCAAUGCAAGGCGGGAUUGGUCGGCAAUCCGACAUCAAAUGAUGCGACAACAGAGUGUCAACCGUGUCCAGUCGGUCAAGAAUCGGACGGCAAACUGCCACCGGCCUGUGACAACUGCGAACAACAUAUCUCCUCAUGUGAAGACCCGGCGGUUUGCAAACCCAACGAGAAAUGCAUCUACGCCGAGGGCGUCAAGUGCGUGAAGGAGAAGAACGUGGCUCAGACGAUUGCCAUCAUUGCAGCAGAUUCGGUGCGAGGACUUGGUAUCUACGGUGCUCAGACGCACAUCGAGGUGUGUAUUGGCUAUAAAGGCAAAUGCCCGUUGUCUCUUGAAGACACUGUCAAGUAUGUCAAUGGAGAUGGUCGGCGGCGGCGGCAAGCUGUCGGUAACCAAUAUAUGGCCAGAAUUGUUGAGGUGAACACGUGGCCGAGUAACGACAAAAAGAGUUUGAUUGAACUCGUUCUCUUUGACCGUAACAAUGGCAACCAACCAGUGUCUCCGUUUGGACCGAAUGGCACGUGUGAGUUGUUGAAGAAGACUGACCUCAAGUGUGUUACCUGUGAUGAUUGUCUCGAUGUCAAUCAACUGCAUAAGUACUGCAAUCCAGAUCCUGUUACCUCAGCAUCCGACAGUUCAGUGAUAGUUCCUAGUGGCAAAACUCCAAUUCUUAUCUGUAAUAAGCCCGUCAGUCCAACUACCACUGUUGCAACUACCACCGUUGACCCCACACCAGGAAGUCACUCAUUCUUCAAGACAUUGAAUGGAAGGAUCACGAUUGUUGUCAUUGGUGUGGCUAUUAUUAUCGUUGCUGCCGUCAUCGUAUUCCUAAUUGUGAGAAACCGGAAAGAAGCAAACGCCUACUAGGAAGAGUUUGACGAAUAUGAUGACGGAUCGGUCAUGCCUGAUGAGAACAUUGAUCGUGACCUUCCGUCCAUGUCUGGCAGCAUGCGUCAGCGUGCUCGUUCACGAAGCGGUCUUGUCAAUCCUCUCUAUGACGCCAUGAUGGCAGAUGAGCCAAUAACCGGAACUGUGGACAACGAACUGUACCAUCCAAGUGGAGAUAUCAAGAUCAGGGAACAAACCGAUGAGGGCAUCAUUCCCUACAACAGCGAUAUGAUAGCUGACGACGACGAUGAAGACCCUCUAUAUGAU